UAGUUUCUCACAGGACACAAUCAUGAGGAGCGUCUGCUGGGCAGCUCUGGGUUUAUUCUCUGCUCUGCUCGCUUCAGCCCAGAUGACAAAGAGAUGCUCUGCACCUCGGGAGCCGCCGCACACCAGGCUGGAGGAGAAGUUCAGCCGCAGACAGAGCUUCAGCAGCGGGGAGAAGGUUCAGUUCAGCUGCGCAGAGGACUUCAGUCCCUCCAGAGGAAGCGGCUCUGUGCAGUGUCUGGGAGGAAGAUGGACCAAACUGACUCUGAAGUGCGAGAAGAGAUCGUGUGGAAGCACCAGGGAUCUACAGAAUGGACAGUUGUUCUAUGAAGGGAAUUCUUACGUCGGGGAGAAGGUUUAUGCAACAUGCAAUGAGGGAUACACUCUGAAGGGACUGAACUACAUGAUAUGCAAGAAGUCUGGAUGGACUGGGGAAUUCCCGACAUGUGAAGAGAGGGCGACCACCUGCUCCCCCCCUGCAGUGGCCCAGUCUGUGAAGGCCGGUGGGAAUGUGUCUGUGUACCAGGCGGGAGAUAACGUGACCUUCACCUGCAGUCAGGGUUUCCAGCUGGAUGGAGCUCCGCAGGUCACAUGUGGCCCCGGUGGACGGUGGCAGCCUGGGCUCCCUCGGUGUCUGCCUUCGGCUGAAAGACCUGAUCAGUCCUCUCACAAAGAAACAGGAACAUGUGGCAAACCGCUCCCCAUCAAAAACUCCAACGCCAACCUCGCUGACAAGUAUAUCACCAUGACAACCUUUGCGUCCGGUAACAGAGUCCAGUACACGUGUGACGUUGGAUACGCUCCAACUGGAGGCAGCAGAUAUCGCACCUGUAGGAAUGGGAAGUGGACGCCGCUGUUCCUGAAAUGUGAACCAAAGGAGUGUGGCUCUGCAGGAGAGGUUCUGAAUGGACUGUUCACGUACACUGGAUUAGAGUUUGGAGACACUGCUACAGCCGUCUGUAAUGUGGGGUAUAUUCUUGUCGGACAGGCAACCAGGAACUGUUUGAGUAACGGCUGGGAUGGACGUGUUCCUGUUUGUGAAGCUGUGGUGUGUGCGGAGCCUCGAGAGGUGACAAACGCACAGAGGAAAAACUUUCAGGAGCCACCGUACAUGUACAGGAGUGUGAUUAACUAUCAGUGUCCUGCGGGAUCUCUUGUUGGACAGAGGGAGAUCUGGUGCACGGAGGACGGGACGUGGAGCGCACCCCCUCCUACAUGCAAAGUGAUGACAUGUCCAUCUCCAAAUGUGGCCAGCGCCUUCUGGACGGGCGCUCAGAAUAACCUGUACCAACACAGGGACACUAUAUCAAUCGAGUGUAACCGAGGCUACACAUUGAUUGGCCCGAGCACCGUUACCUGUGGUCACGAUGGUCGAUGGUCCUCUGUUCUUCCCAAAUGUAGACGCGCAUGGCGUCAGAGCAACCGGAGGUAUUAAAUCCAGAAAUUCGACAGCAGUCAGAGGAAGGUGAAAAUAAUAUCAAGUCAUUCCAAAAGAAAUGCCUCGUUCUUGUAAACCCACAUUUCAAUAAUGCACCAAUAAUCGUAUUUGCUCAUGAAACUUCAUAUAGAGACAUUAAAAUGUGUUUGAAAUGAA